GUACAAGUAUAUAACAUCACAGAGGUCCAGAAAGGAUCUACAACAAAAGGAACAUUCAAACGAAGGGCUGCAGGACCUGUGUAACACGUCACGACAUGGCCAUCAAAACAGGCUUUUGUCUGCCGCAUUCUACGCUACGUCUUUUGACGCUCCUAGUGGUCCUCCUCGCUACCGUCAUAAUUGUCCUUACGAAUGUCGGCCUCGAUUAUGUCAGCCACGUUUUCCCACAAUCCGUCACCAGCUUCAGCGCAUCAUGUAAAGCGGAAGUCACUGCCCCGCCCAUCGUCCUUGUCGACGCCGUGUUUCCGGUUAAGAUCGAAGUUCUCCGUGGGAACAUCAGAUCCCUUCCCCGGUCCUACGCGACAGUUCGUUUCAGCCCUGGCAACUCCAGUCAUGUUUCCACAGUGGAUUUGUACUACGGUGUGGGGACAACAAACCUGACCAUCUCAAAAACCGGAGUGUUGCAGCUCUACGUUACCGUGGAGACGCGAGAUGACCACGCCCCUACCGAGACCUGCCAGGCCAGCGUCAGAAUCCAGGCCGCACCCUUAUCUAACCGUGAAGUGGGAGAUAAAAUGAUCCACAAGUUGCAAGGACCAGAUCUGUGUAAAAACUGUUGCAAGACCGUAUCGUCUCUGGAGUUCGGAAAUUAUGAGAACUGGAGCAUUAAAAACAUACGGGGCAUGAAACGUGCCACUAUUUAUCCGAGAUCAUUGCGUAAAGAGGGGUGCGGAAUGACGUUUUCUGCAGACCUGUACCAACACAACCACAGCGACUGUAUCGUGCAGAAGGUUCACGUCAAGUCGGUCUACAGUGAUCUAAAUCACUAUUUGGGUGAAAGCCACUUGCGAGAGCUCAAGACGCACUACUUGGACCGGGUGAUGCAGACCAAUUUGACCGCGAAGUCAUUCGGCGUGAUCUGGGACUUCUCACACAUUCCUGAAAGAAAUUCAUGCGCGUUGAUCAGGGCGGCAAUGACGUGUCCUUACAGUCAACAGGCCACACAUGGACUUUCAGCUUUCGUUACGAAAUUUCUUCCAAAUAUUGCAAUCUACACUGGCAUGACGGUCCAACUCGCUGAGCUUCCCCACCCAAACAACUUCCACAAGUACGUGGCUUUCCUGUACAUCGGUAACUGCAUGAAGUCAGCUCACUCCGAUUUCGUCAGCAAGGAGACCAACGACUACGUGCUCAUCGACAACGACCGUUGUCUGGUGCCCGAUAGGGUCGCGGGGGGUCACAGGUGA